CAAACGGGCAGCCCAAUAAGAAACUAGGGUUUCUUCAUAUCUCCCAUCUUCCUCACUCUAACACAGAGAAAGGCUGAAACUUCUCAGCUCUCAGCCAAAUUUCUCUGUCGUCCUCACUUUCUGCCACCUUUUCUCGCCGGAAUCUUCACCAUCCUCUUCCUCACUCACGUUGGCUCUCAUAUUUUAGCUUGAUAAAAAGAUGAGGUUGGAGAAGUGUUGGUUCUGUUCUUCCACUGUAUAUCCAGGGCACGGUAUUCAGUAUGUUCGCAAUGAUGCAAAGAUUUUCCGGUUUUGUAGGUCCAAAUGUCACAAGAAUUUCAAAAUGAAGAGAAAUCCUCGUAAAGUGAAGUGGACUAAAGCAUACAGGCGGUUACAUGGAAAGGAUAUGACACAGGAUGCAACAUUUGAGUUUGAAAGGAAGCGUAACAGGCCAGAGAGAUACAAUAGGACGACAGUGGAGAAUGUUUUGAAGGCUAUUCCCAAGAUUCUCAAGGUUAAAGCUGAUAGGGCGGCUGACCAUAUUGGCAGCAGGCUUAAAGGGUCGAAACAAAAGAAACGUAAGGAAGACAAGAGGGAACUCGAGCAAAGCCUUCACAUGGUCAAGGCUCCAGGUGCGUUCAACGAAGAUCCAUCUUUCACUCUUCCUGUGGAUACCAAGCUCAAAGUCAAGGUCAACCAAAAACAAGCAGUGGCCAUGGAAACAGAAUGAGUCUGCAAAGUUUAAUAUCCUUAUCUCAACUUUAUAUUCUUCUUUAAACAUUGUUCGGGAAAUGUCUCAUGUGUGGGACCAAAAUUUUGUCAAGGCAAUAGUUUAUGUAGUGUUCUUCGUUUCAAAUGUUAAAUACCAGAACAUGUUUGUGAAACUUUUGUUAUUUGGAGAUGAUUUCUUAGAAGGCUGUAACUGCACUUGCAAUUGUUGUUUCAUUCUCUUCAAAAAAAAAAUUAUGAUCAAGUCUGAGAAAAAAAUAAUUAUUGGGAUUGUU